CACCGGCACCACCAUGCCUGGCUUUGUGUUUUUAUUUUAUUUUUUUUAAUUACUAAAACCUCACAAGUAUCCUCAAACUCUAGACCUAGAGUCUCCUGGUUUUUCUGUUUUGGUUCUUGCUGGGGCUUGACUCCAUCUGGAUGAAGCCAGGUGGUAGAAGAACCCAAUACAUUUGUGGGGAGGGGAGCAGCUGCGGUCAUCUUGGAGUAUGCUUGUGGGGUACAUAUGGGAGGGAAGACCAGUCAAAGUGAGGGUUCUGGUCUGGCUCUGAAACUGGCAGGCUGUGGAAGACUUUAGGCCAGGCAGUCCUCUCACUUGCCCAUUCUCCUAGUUAAAAAUAAUAAUGUUUACUUGAACAUUUGCACAGUUCUUUUAAGUGCAUAAAGGAGGUAUUCCUCCUAUUUCCCAAAGAGGAACAGGGAGGCGGGAGGCAGAGAAGGGGGCGGGUGCUAGAAGGACUUUCACAGCCCUGGAAGAAUAACUUGUCCUGCUCUUAGACUGGAACCCAUACCCCACUGGCCUUUGAAUUUGAAUGCCUGGGUUCCACACCACCUCAGCCAGGCCUCCCUUUCAGACCUGCCCUCACUUCUGAGUCCCCCCUCGUGUCCACCUGAACAGAACCAGGUGCAGCGAGGUAGGGCCAGGAUCAUAUUUUUCCCUUGCGGACCUCUCAUGUCCAGGUCUGAAUAUGAGUAAAGGGCGGCUGGGGUUUCCAGCAGGGGACAGAAUCCACAGUGGAUUUGCUUAGUGCAGACACCCCCCCAACCCCAGAGGGGUGAAAUAUGUGUGUCGGGGAGCUGGUUCCUCCAGAUCAUUCUUUGCCAGCUCUGGCAGAGUGAACUCCAGGCUGGUAUCCAUUCCCUAAUUCCCUACUGACAUCCCCGCCAGGUUUCUGGGUGUGUGUCUGGCGGUAGGCGGUGGGUGGGUGUUGCAGAGAGGCGAACGGAGGUUCCAAAAGCACCCCUACCUUCGGCGGACAGAGUUCCUGCCCAAACCAAAGGCGGCCGGGAAGAACACCGCCGGGAAUUUGUCCCCUCCUCUUCUCUCGCCGUCUGAGAAGGGGGACGGGGAUGACGGAGCGGCCGCCGAGCGAGGCGGCUCGCAGUGACCCCCCGCUAGAGGGACGGGACGCGGCCGAGGCCCGCAUGGCCCCCCCGCACCUGGUCCUGCUGAACGGCGUCGCCAAGGAGACGAGCCGCGCGGCCCCGGCGGAGCCCCCAGUCAUCGAGCUGGGCGCGCGCGCUGGCCCGGGGGGCGGCCCCGCCGGUGGGGGCGGCGCCGCCAGAGACUUAAAGGGCCGCGACGCGGCGGCGGCCGAAGCGCGCCAUCGGGUGCCCACCACCGAGCUGUGCAGACCUCCCGGGCCCGCGCCGGCCCCCGCACCCGCCUCGGCCCCCGCGGAGCUGCCCAGCGACAGCCGCAUGGUGCAGCUGAGCCCGCCCGCGCUGGCGGCCCCCGCCGCCCCCGGCCGCGCGCUGCUCUACAGCCUCAGCCAGCCGCUGGCCUCGCUCGGCAGUGGGUUCUUUGGGGAGCCUGAUGCCUUCCCUAUGUUCACUGCCAACAACCGAGUGAAGAGGAGACCCUCCCCCUAUGAGAUGGAGAUUACUGAUGGUCCCCACACCAAAGUCGUGCGGCGUAUCUUUACCAACAGCCGGGAGCGGUGGCGGCAGCAGAAUGUGAAUGGGGCGUUUGCUGAGCUCCGCAAGCUGAUCCCCACUCAUCCCCCAGACAAGAAGCUCAGCAAGAACGAGAUCCUCCGCCUGGCCAUGAAGUACAUUAACUUCCUGGCCAAGCUACUCAAUGACCAGGAGGAGGAGGGCAGCCAGCGGGCCAAGCCUGGCAAGGACCCUGUGUUGGGGGCUGGUGGGGGUGGAGGGGCUGGAGGGGGUGGUGCACCCCCAGACGACCUCCUGCAGGAUGUGCUUUCCCCUAACUCCAGCUGUGGCAGCUCCCUGGACGGGGCAGCCAGCCCGGACAGCUACACAGAGGAGCCAGCACCCAAGCACACGGCCCGCAGCCUCCAUCCGGCCAUGCUGCCCGCCACCGAUGGAGCCGGACCGCGGUGAUGGGUCUGGACCACCAGGAUCAGCCAGGAGGAUGCCCUUAGGUCACUGGGAUGGUGGGCUGCAGGGCAGGUGGGAUAAGAAUUGGGCAGCUCUGAAGUAGGGCGAUGGACUUGGUGAACUUUCCUUGAUGUCUGAACUUUGGGAAGCCUUUACUGACCCUGGGGCUGGCUUUUCUGUUUCCUGUAUCAGUGGGAGAACAGAAAAAUGGAGCAAAGUGGUAGGUACUUUUUAUGAAGACGGCACGGUCUUCCCUUUCCCCCAAUCCCUAAUACUUCCCAAGUAAGAGGCUCUAGAGUCACUGCUUUUGGCCUGGAGUUUGGGAGCCCUGUCUUUGCUGAGACCUGGGGUUGUCAACUCUCACCUGAGGCAUCCAACAGCCUCCGCCUUGCCUUUGGCCCCUCCCAAGCUGGCUGGGGUGGCUCUUUGGCCACUUUUAUCCAAACACAUAGGUACCCAAUAGCUGCCCAUUUCCUGAGCCCUAUCUUCACCCAGGCCCCUGUCGAUCCAUCCAGCUUGCCAGCUGCUGCAGUCACAAGCCUCGAGGUGCCUUCUUCAGGGUCUGGUUGAAGAAGACAGCCAGCGGACAGCCUGCUCUCAACUGGCUGGGCCAGGGGGUCAGAAAGCCCAGUAGCCCUUACUUCUUGCUCUGGGGAUCAAAGCUCUGCUUUCUCCCCACUGAGACUUGCCUUCCUCAUCCUGUGGCUGUGGGGACCAAGUCUGCAGCCUUGAGUGUGCCCUGUUGGGCUUUGUGCGAAGGCGGAGAAAAGGAAAAUGAUAUUAGAGUGACAUUAGCAGGAGCUAUUUUGGGCAUGUGGGCUUCAACUCCUACACAUCACUAUUCAUGCUAGUGGGUGUGUGUUGGUGCUGGUCAUGGGUUGCAGCCCCGUCUGUGAAUGCCCCUGGAUGCUGGCAGGAUCUCCCUGCUGCUAGACAUCUGUGCUAGUGGUCAGGUCUCUGUUCUGAGUUGAGCACAAACUCUGUCCUAUGAAUUCUUUGCAUUUGGGAUUUUUGCUUGACUUCAGUUAUUGGUGGGACCUUUAGGUCUCAAUAUGACCCAGGAUCCAGCCCCACUUCUAGGGCAGGGGUAAUCUAAUCAGAGACCAGGCCCCGGGCCAAGACCCAAACAUGCACAUUCACUUAGCAGAACCUUACACACCCCUCGAUUAUGCAGCUUUCAGUUCUCAAGGGUGUGCCUGGGAGGUUGGUUUAAUGCAGUAGGAGUGCCCCCCUCCAAAAGUUGUACAUGAAAUUUUUGUAAAUCAAAUCCUUAUCGUUCAUCUUUUGAAGAAAUAAUUACCACAAGUCCUUUUGUAAAGUGAAGAAUCCUUUUGUAGAGUGAAUCAUUGCUCCCUCGUUUAUUUCCUGUGUCAAUCCAGAUGGCGGGACAUGGUUUUCUUAAGGCUAGGCUGGCCUGUGACCUGCCUUCCAAGCCCAUGGGACACACGGCACAGAAGUCCUGUAUGUCUGUCAUUGUACCCUUAAGUCAUCCCAACCCUCUCCCACCAGGCCCUGCCUUUGAGCUCAGAAGGAAGACAUCCUAUGGCCCUGUCCUCUCAUGCAGGAACUCAUCACUGUGGCUGUCCAGAAAGCCCCCCUCGCGGCUGAGUUUCAGCCCAGUGGCUCCCACUCGACCUGAUGGGGCCUUGAGUUCAGCCAUAUACAGAUAGGGAAUGACCCCUGCUUUUAAGUUGUCGGGGCCAGCUCUUGGGCAUGGGGGCAAGGUGGUUAACCCCUGUAGCAUUCUGACUCUCCAUCCCAUCCCAGACUCCCCAGAUCAUGUUGGUGAACGUUCCAGUGCUUGGGAGAUCCCGUGAGGAGUCCUGUCUAAAGAUGGAGCAACUGUUCUCGGCUCUAAGUCUGUGUUUGCUUCCAAGGGAAUCAACUUGACUUGGGAAUGAAAAGUGGCUGGUGUGGAUGGGUGGAUGGCUUUUAUGAGACGGAUCAUACAUUCUGUCAGGAACUCGAGCCCCCAGUUCCCUCUCAUUUCAGACUUGCAGUAUGAUUGGGAGAAGGUAUCUCUCUCAGUGUCAGUUUCUCAUAAAUACCCUGGCUUGGCCUGUCCCCUAUGCUGUGGGGUGGACUAAAUGGGAUCAUGAAAGUAGAAGUGUUUCGAGCCCAGAAAGAGCUCUGUUCCCCUCAGCAUCCAUCCCGCAAUGGGAUUCCCCGCCCUAGUCUGGGACCGAAGCGGUGGGCCAGUCUGCCCGACUGCACAGCGUUUGGGUCAUUUAGAUGGCACACUGCUUCUGCCUGCAUUAUCCGGAAUGUCCUCCUUUCUCCAGAUUGUCUUAAUUUUUGCCUCAUUCCGAGGCAAGGGGACAGGAAUGAGAAUGAAAGAGACGUGGGAACACGGACAGAAUGUGUAAAAUGUAACGAGCUACCCCAAACAGGCCUGGAGAGGGAAGGACAAGGCUUCUAGGUCUUUGUAAGAACUAAAGAAGAUCCAGAAUGUUGAUUUUCAUUCUGCAUACAUACCCCGCGCCCUUCUCCUUCCUCUGCCUCCUCCUCACCCAUGAAGAAAUGCCACAUUCCAAGAGUAGCAUCUGUACAAAAGGGAAAAAAAUGUAAAAGUAAAACAAAAAUUUUUGAGGAGAACAAAGAUGAAUGUAAGAACUAGAGGGUAUCACAUCUUUUAAGGAAAAUUCGUAUUCUUUUAUUUUUAGUGUUCAAUGACAAGAUGGUACAACCUUUAUUCUUUUCCAAAAUUAAAACAAAGGGCAUAGAAUCUGUAGUCAGCUGUUUUGGCCUUUUGGGAGUGGGUCUAGCCGUACUGGUGACUUCGAUGGUACGUGACCCUCUGCCCACCCCCUGCCGAAGGCUUGCCCCCUGCCCGUGUACAUAGCGCACUGUCUCUGUGGGCGGGCCCAGCACUUUCCGUCAAUGUUGUACUGUAUGUGAUGAGUUGUGUUGGUCUCUGCGUUUUUCUGCAGAAGAGGAGUAGCCGCUCCAGGUACCUUGACCUUUGUACAGCCCGGAGGCCAACACUGUGGGUGUGUGACUCUUUAGCAAAAAAACCCAUGUGGUGAUGACGUGUAUAUAUAUGAGGCUAUAUCGGGAAGAUUUCUAAAUAAAAGUUUUACAAAGGGG